UCACGUCGUCACAGAAACACUCGUCAUGGCUCAGCUUCAGUCACUGCGUGUGUCCGUUGGUAUCCUGGGCAUCUCCGCUGGUUCCCUCCUGCUUUUGGUGAACAACUAUGCCAGCUCUUCUGAGCAAGACUUCAUCCCCCUUACUGCACUGGGCAUUCUGCUCCUCAUCAUCGCAGCCAUUGUAGCUUAUGCAGGUGUCCGUCACAGUCAGUCCCACGCUCGGCUGUUUUCCUCUCUGUGUCUGACUGUCUCUGCUCUGUGGUGUGGCUCAGGUCUGGUCUACAUCCUGGUGGGACAGAAGGUGCUGCAGCCUGCAGAGCUGAGAUCCUCUCUGGUUCCUGGCCUGGCAGCGUUCACUUUAGCUCUGUUCAUCAUAGGCAGCGUUUCACUCUUAGUAAAGAAAGCUGCUCUGUUUCUCAUAUCAGUCGGCAUUUCUUUAGCCUGUGCACAUCAGAUCGCUGGUCUGUCAGCUGCAGGUUUCGGUCAAACUGCCACAGCUGCUAACUACCUGUUUGUUUGUCUGAUGUGUGUUUACUUUGGUUUUGGACGUCUUCUGUCCACCAUCACUCAUGGUAAGGUGGAGCCUCCAGGAACAGGCCUGAAGAUAAAAGCUGAGCUGAAAACACAGCAGAACGAGGGCUGUAGUGAUGCGGUGUCAGUAGCUUUGGUGAUGAACUUGUUAUCUGCCUCUGUAUUAGCCUGCCCCCUGUUGGGUGUGGUCCCUCGGCUCUCCGUCGGUCACGUCCCCUGGCUGUGGACGGCUGGAGUCUUCCAGUUUGGCAUGUGCGUCCUCUUUUACCGAGCUAUGGACACGCUCGCUGCCACUUUCUGUGGUUUCACAGCAAUACUGAAAUUUGCAGAAGGUUACAGCGCUCUGUUAUCAUUUUACUCCAUUCAGCCUUUCUCCCCUGUUCCCUUCCCUGCUGUCUUCUCAGUGCUUUUCUCCAUCCUGGCUCUGUUCAGCUGUCAGAAGAGCUUGUUGGAGGGACUCUACCAGUUAUUCUUUGUAGCCUAUUGUGUUGCCAUAGCAGCCCAGCCUCAAGGCUUCUUCCAAGGAGGCACUCAAGGUGUACAAGCAGCGAUAUUUGUAGUUUCUGCCGGCAUGCUUUUAGUUACCACAUUCAACAUGGUGUCCAGCACCACCAUUCCCACGGGGCAGGGCUAUUUCAAGGCUUUAGCAGCCAGGAUGCAGAGUGUUACUCUCAGAGCGCAGGAUAAAGAGCUGCACAGCCCUCACCUGGGCUACUCUAAAUAUGCAGAUGCAGAGGUGUUGGGCCACGCCUGCAGUGUUCUGGCUGCUUUCGCCAUCACAGCCACAGUUGGUGACAGAAAUCCUCUCUCUGUGCUGGUUCUGCCCUGGGUGGUGAUGGCUGGUGGGGCUCUGCAGCUGCUGUGUGGUUCAGUAGCUUUCGCUCGGGGUAAAAGCUUUGAGAGCACAGUUUUUAUUCUGUACGGGAUGAUGUGGACAGUGUGGGGGUUGACUCGAUAUGGCGGCCUGUACGGUGACACCAGAGGCUUUAAUUUGGCUGCUGGGAUCAUUAGCUUCAUGCUGUUUAACUUUCUGGUGACAGCAGCAGCACUGUUUGUAAAUGUGGCCUGGUUUAUCUACGCUCUCACCUUCCAGCUCAUCCUCAUCAGCUUCCUGCUGGAUGCAGUAGGUGCGCUGCCUUUUGGCUACGACAUUGGAGUCACCAUCAUCUUUGGCCUGGUCAGUUUUUAUUGUUUCCUGGCAAACAUUUUCAACAGCACCUUCCAGUCCCCCCAGAUCCCUUUAGGAAGAGCUCUUGUGAAGCUGAGUGGGGUAGGAGGAGGGGCAGAUAUCUGCCCACAUGUACCCGCCCGCAAGGCCACAUCUGUGCAGCAGAUUGCAGAAAUCAUGAAAAACGGUGGCAUAUGUGGAAUGCCGACUGACACCGUCUAUGUGCUGGUGGCGGCCUGCAACAGGCCAGACGCAGUUGUCAAAGCUUACAAAGUGAAGAAGCAGGCGCAGGACCGACCCAUGUCCCUGUGGAUCUCCUCCAUCAAGCAGCUGGAGUCGGUUCGACACCUGCUGAGCCCUCUGCUGCUGGACUUCAUGGAGGCUGCGUGGCCGUCCUCUAUUAGCAUGGUUAUACCCAGAGGUCCCUGGAUGGACACGUUUGGUUUGGGAGAUGCUGCCAAACACAUCGGGACUCCACAAAGCAUCGCUAUCAGAAACCCAGACUGUUCUGUGGCAACACAUCUCAUUAAUCUGGUGGGGCCUAUUGCAGUAACCUCAGCCAACCCUACAGGAGAAGCAGACACAACUCACCAUAACCAAGUUUUUGCCAAACUGGGAGACAAGGUGGAUGGAGUGUUGUGUGAUGGACCAUCUCCAGAGAACAUUGCAUCUACUGUGGUCGACUGCACCAAGAUUGAGACUGGACAGAUUGGUUUCUUCAGAGUGGGUCUCAUUCCUAAAUCCAAGGUUCUUGAGAUCUUUGAGGAGGUUCAGAGGCGGCACAGACAGGGACGGACGAAUCCUGCUUUUGAAAGUGAUCUGCAUCUCCCAGGUACUCAAACGGAGCAGAGUUCAGGAGAGGACGACACAGCAGAGUCAGGAAGAGGGACUGGAAACUCCACACCGUUCAGUGUUUCACCUGAACAAAGUCCAGCCCUCAGAACUGCCCUGUAGCAGUUGUGAAAAAUACUUCCAAUUUUAACAAAAUCUGAUGAACAUGAAUAACUUUUAUUCAAUGAAUUACUUGAACAUUUUCAUGGGCCACGUUGGUUUUUGAAGAGGCCUCAUGCACCAUCAUGGUCAAAUUGACAAACAGUUCAGUAACUAUGAUGCAUAUUUCUUCCUGUAUUCAAAGUGACUCUUAAGCACUCAGUAACUUGAAAUAUGAUUAACUAAACAGCUUUAUUUUCUGUUAUGUACUGAAUGUAUUUUUUGUAUUUUUUUGUAGGAAAGUUGUUGUAUUUUAAACCCAUAAAUGUACUGUAAAUACUUUUCACGAUCAAAUUUGAAAAUGCAAUUAUUUCUAAAUGCAACUGCUGUUAUUUAUACAAUAGUGGUUCAAUAAACCUGUAUCAAUAGGAAUUUA